AUGAGUCUGUUAUCAGUGAAUACAGUUGAUCGACUGGAUCGGCCCAGCGCUUACUAUGUAGGCAAGAAGAAGCGCAGAUAUAAUGACCGAGAGGAUGAUGUCCAGGAGGAUUCGAUGGCAGGGCUGAGAGAUGCCACCACCCUCUAUGUGGGCAACCUUUCUUUCUACACAACGGAGGAACAGAUCCACGAACUGUUCGCAAAAUGCGGCGAGAUCAAGCGGUUGGUAAUGGGACUCGACCGGUUCAACAAGACACCCUGCGGGUUUUGCUUCGUCGAAUACUAUACCCACCAGGAUGCACUGGAUUGUUUGAAGUACGUCGGAGGUACCAAGUUGGACGAGCGCAUCAUCCGUGCAGAUCUCGACCCCGGGUUUGAAGAGGGCCGACAAUAUGGACGAGGUAAAUCGGGUGGCCAAGUUCGAGAUGAGUACCGGGAGGAAUACGAUCCCGGCCGUGGUGGGUAUGGCCGGGCAUACGAUGACCAGCGCCGACGAGAAGAAGAAGAGUAUGGCCAAGGGAGGUAG